UCGAAUUGUAGUAGUGCGUCUCCGUCAAUGAGUUUUGUGCUUUUAUUUUUUAAAAAUUUCAACAAAAAUUUCAUAAAAAUUUAACAAGAAAUUUCAAAAAAUAUAACAAAAUUUGAAAAGUUCAAAAUUGUGUCUAACUUCCGCUCGGAAUAGAGGAAUUUAAGGAUGUUUUUGCCUCAGUUAUUUUUGGUGCUUGUAUUUAUUACUCUGGAUGGUGUAGAAUUAUCGAGGCCUCAACAAUGCGAGAUGGACAACGGUUGUCGAAUUCAGGCGGGAAGGUGCUACUGUGACUACGGUUGCAAGUCAGACUAUCCCUAUUCAUCCUACAGGGAUUGCCAAAAGGCCCUUAAAGGACGACGAAGCGACAUAUGCAGCAGGACGCAACCUUGUCGUAAUUCAGGAUCCUGCAUACAAAUAUCCUUGGAUCCUGGAUACAAAUGUCGAUGUGAUGGCACUGGAUAUUACGGAACGCAUUGCGAAAGAGCAUGCCCAACAUCGGCGGAUCCCUACACAGGAAUAUUCCCUUACGAAUGCAUCGUAAUUUAAGAAAAAAAUUAAUUUUAAAAUUUAUAAUAUAAUUUGACACAAAAUUACUUAUUACAAAACUGCCGAGUGCCAAAAUUAUUGUAAUCAUAAUUUGUGUAUAAAUAGAAAUAAUUAAUUUAAAUGAAUUUAAUACAAAAACAAUACAUAUGUAUGUACUUCCAA